AUGAGCUUGGAAAGAAUAAAAAAUUCAACUUUUCGUACUGUUUUGCAGCCAACUCUAGAAUAUGCACUACAGUUCUUGGAGGGUCUUGACACUGCACCUGUCUACCCCACGGUCACCCUUUCCCAUCUCCAUCAACAGCUGGAUAAACCACUGCCGAAUGACGAAACAGACGGCAAACAGGUCUUGGAAGAGAUAAUUACUAGCACCAGAGGAGGCAUGAUGGGCAAUGCUGGAGGUCGAUUUUUUGCAUGGGCCAUUGGCGGCACCCUCCCCGCCGCCCUGGCAGCAGAUUGGCUUACAUCCACGUGGAAUCAGAACGCUGCUCUAUCUGCCUGCAGCCCAGCUGCAGCAGUGACAGAGGAGAUCUGUGGACGGUGGCUCAAAGAUAUCCUGGGUUUACCCUCUACGGCUAGUUUUGCUCUCGUUUCAGGGUGUCAGAUGGCGCACGUGACGUGUCUUGCUGCAGCGCGCAACAGAAUCCUGGCUCGGUAUAGUUGGGACCAUGAACUUUAUGGUCUUACUGGUGCCCCUCGGAUCAAAGUGUUGAGCAGCAGCGAAAGACAUGGAUCAAUUGAUCGCGCGGUACGAUUGCUUGGAAUGGGGAGCCGUUCUGUGGUGGAGUUACCGGUCGAUGAUAACGGCUGCCUUGUAGCACAGGCCUUGAACAGAGCCCUGGCGGAAUAUUCACACGGACCGGUUAUUGUGGUGUUGCAAGCUGGUGAUCUCAAUAUCGGAGCGUAUGACCCGUUCUCGGAGCUCAUCCAUCUGGUGCACCGCCGGGGGGCCUGGGUUCAUAUUGAUGGCGCAUUUGGGCUUUGGGCGGCAGCCAGCCCUGCCUAUCGUCAUCUGCUUGAAGGAGUCGAUCUGGCAGAUUCCUGGGCUACCGACGGCCACAAGUGGCUCAAUGUACCUUACGACUGUGGGUAUGCUUUUGUCAGACACCCAGACGCUCAUAAGAAUUCGAUGUCGUAUCGCGCAAACUACCUGACACACCAAGAACUUGUUCGUGACCAAAUCGAUUGGAAUCCGGAAUGGUCCCGUCGUGGUCGAAGCUUUGCAACGUACGCCGCACUCCGCCAGCUUGGAAAGUCAGGGGUAGCACUUCUAAUCGAGCGGUGUUGUCGCCACGCCCAAAGUCUGGUCGUUCAAGUUGCAGCCCUACCUGGGGCGGAGCUCGUAUGGAAGCCCACUGUGAACCAAGGAUUGGUGCGCUUCCUGGACAGCAAAGAUAACGCUGCCUUGGCCGACCACAAUCUGUGGACUGAUUCAGUAAUCUCGGCCGUGGCACAAACAGGCGAGGCCUUCUUCAGCGGCACUACGUGGAGGGGCAAACGCUGCAUGAGGGUCUCGGUGCUUAAUUGGCAGACAUCUACUGAGGAUGUUGCUCGAGCUGUUGAAGCAAUCAAACGAGUCCUUGAGCAGGGACGGAGUUAA